AGUCAGAUAGACGCUCAUUCCCUCACAAAAUGGGAUACAUGUUUGUAGGUGUUGUUGGUUAUUUUAUCAGCCUUCCUUGAGCCACAGCGUUACUGUGGGAGUGAAUUAAUUGGGCAAAAAGUGAGUGUGCUAAAUUGUCUUUUUGUAUUCACGGACUUGUAAGUUUAUUCUUCUGCUACAUUGUGCACCUUAUUCGAGGUAGGAGACCUUUAAAUAUUUGUUGUGGCGUUUAUUCCUGCAUGGAUGUUCUUCUGUGGAAGGAAAGGAAGAAGACAGACGCAUAAACAGUAGAAAGAGAGCUAUUGUAGUUUUGAAUGAAUUUUACAUAGGAAAACCAAAUAAUUGAGGUUUGGUUUAAGUAGAAAGUUGGGUUAUUUAGAGGUCUUUAACGAAAUUAUUGUACUUUUGUGGAACGCCAAUUUCUUGUCAGUUUUACUUUAGUUGGUCGAGGAAAUAAAGUAACGAAUGACGGAAAUAAGUGAGUUUAAAGGAAAAGUGUAAAGUGCAUGGCGUGUGUCACUUGUUGAUCUGUUUCUUGUUGCCUAUAUUUUGCUUGGCAGUGUAUGUACCCUUCUGAAGAGAGCCUUUGUUAUUCCUGGUGGACGUUGACAUAGCGGGAAUUUUUCAUUCGCUUUGUUGCAAAUGUUGUACCCGGUUCGGAUCGGAAGAUAAUUCAGGAGGACAGACGGGUUGAAUAGUUUUGGUUUCCAUAAGAUACUUGAAUGAGAUUAUAUUUGUCCAAUCAAUUAUUCAUGGGACCUGCGGUCUGAUGGAUACCACCGGAAACUGAGUUACUUAUUGGCGAGGAGAAUCUAAAAAAAAACUGAAAUUUCAAGGGUUGAUUCUCACUGAAUCGUCAACAUCUUAAAAAUGGAUAAUGAAACAUUGUCAUUUUCCGGAACGUACAAUGACCGAUGUUACAAGGCCCUCCUCCUCCCCAUCUUUCCUUACGAGAGGAGUUGGAACACGGGGGUCCGAGCCGGUCUCUACUUUUUCGGCCUUAUGUACUGCUUCAUGGGAGUAGCUAUAGUCGCAGAUGUUUUUAUGAGCGCAAUCGAGAAGAUUACUAGCAAAACCAAAAAGUUGUAUCUCUCCACUGGGAAAGACUCUGAGCCGGAAGUAUUCGAAGUUCGAAUUUGGAAUGACACUGUUGCUAACUUAACUCUCAUGGCUCUUGGUUCAUCAGCCCCUGAGAUCUUACUCUCCUGCAUUGAAGUGAUUGGGAACAAAUUUGAGGCUGGCGACCUCGGACCUGGAACCAUCGUGGGAUCUGCUGCCUUCAAUCUCCUUGCAAUCACGGGAGUUUGCAUCAUUGGAAUUCCAGCGGGCGAAGGAAGGUCUAUCCGCCUCAUCAAGGUUUUCCUGGUCACGUCGGCAUUCUCCAUGUUUGCCUAUCUCUGGCUCUACAUGGUUUUGGAACUCUUCACGCCGGAUUAUAUCGACCUUUGGGAAGCCAUUUUGACCUUCCUCUUCUUCCCACUUAUGGUUGUCAUCGCGUGGUGGGCAGAUCGUGACUGGAAAUGUGGGAAAAGGACGCCAGUUCCAACCGACCAGCAAAUUGAGUUAGGAGUUGCAAACGGUAGUCCGGGUGCGGAAACUAUGCUGGAGAAGCAGAAAAAGCUAUUCACAGCUCAUGGCGAAGUCAAUAAGGAAGCAUUGAUCGAGUUUUAUAAGGAGUUGCGAAAAUAUCCUGAUAUUUCGGACAGUGAUGCCGCAGUUUUGGCUGCAACCAAACUCAUUGACAGUCAGCCCCAUUCAAGGAUGUGGUACAGAAUUGGGGCUGUCCGCGGUAUGGCUGGAAGCAAGAAAAUCCAUCCCAUUCUUUCUGAGAAGCUGAGAGAGGUGUACGAUGCCGUUAACCAAUCCCCCGAUGUUCCUGACCUGGGUCAAGUGCCCGCAAUUGUUACUGAUCACCACCACAAUGAAAAGUCUAUUGUUGAAUUCCACUCUGCGUCGUUUGCUGUUCCUGAGAAUAUUGGAAAAUUCAACAUUACUGUUGUACGACAUGGCAGGAUGGAUAACACGGUCCGAGUGCGUAUCGAAAGCUUUGAUGGAUCUGCCAAGGCUGGCAGUGAUUAUGUUCAGGUGAACGAACAACUCGUUUUUGGACCUUAUGCAAAGGAGAGGGAGGUUUCGAUCUCCAUAAUUGACGAUAACCAGUGGGAACCCGAUGAGGAAUUCUUCUUGAGACUUUCAGUCAUUGACGAUGGAUUUGAAAAGAGAGAUGCCGUGCUAGGUCGGCUUCCGAUUAUGGAAAUUGUCAUAUUGAAUGACGACAACCCUGGUGUAAUUUCCUUCAAGAAGAGAGGUAUUUUGGUAAAGGAAAGUUGUAACAUAGCCAAUCUAGAGGUCGAGAGGACGAAUGGGGCGGAUGGUGAAAUUUCCGUGGAUUGGAAAACAAUUGAUGGAUCGGCAAAAUCACCGUCUGAUUUCCAAGGGGGAGAAGGCACCCUCACCUUCAAACAUGGCGAACUCGUUCGUACCAUUGAGAUUCCGAUUGUAGAUGACCUAGACCCGGAAAAGGUGAAGAGAGAUGAGUGUUUUGAAGUCGAGAUUUCCAACCCGCAAGGAGGUUGUACUCUAGGACGUAUUCGAAAGUUGGCAGUUACAAUUUCCAAUGAUGAUGAUUUUAAUUCCGUGAUGCAACGGAUGAUGGUCAUGACAUCGAGUAAUUUGAAGUCGAUGGAGGUACACAAGGAAACUUGGGGAGAACAACUGCAAGUCGCACUCACUGUUAAUGGUGGCGAUGUUGAGAAUGCCACUGGCAUGGAUUACGUUAUGCACUUCUUAACUUUUGGCUGGAAGGUCAUCUUUGCAUUGAUUCCCCCUCCGGGAAUUAUGGGAGGAUGGCUGUGUUUCUUUAGCUCAUUGGUAGCUAUCGGAUUUCUGACCGCGAUUGUUGGCGACUUGGCCACGAUUUUUGGUUGUCUCAUCGGCCUUACGGACACCGUGACGGCAAUUACUUUUGUCGCUUUGGGUACCUCUCUCCCCGAUCUUUUUGCCUCCAAGGCAGCCGCGACUGGGGAGAAGUAUGCAGACAACGCUAUUGGGAAUGUGACUGGCUCGAACGCUGUGAAUGUUUUUCUUGGCCUUGGUUUACCUUGGGUGUUGGCUUCAAUAUAUCAUGUUGCGAUUGUGGGUGAUAGAUUUUACUAUCCUGCUGGAUCUCUGGCCUUCUCCGUCUUUGUCUACGCAAUUGUUGCUACUCUCGCUCUUAUUUUAAUUCUUGUCCGGCGGUAUGCAUCCGUCUUUGGGAAAUCCGAAUUAGGAGGACCAACUGUACCAAAAUAUUUUUCUGGAAUUUUCCUAUUCACUCUUUGGUUCUUAUAUAUUCUGCUCUCAUCCCUGCAAGCCUAUGGAUAUAUCCAUUUCCUUGCACCUAAUCCAGAGCAACAUGGCGGAAAGGUUUAAAUUAGCAUCAGGCUGUUUCAAACUGUUUCAAAUCAAAUACUAAGCUAACAGUGUUCAGUUUUUAUUUCUAGAUAUUUAGGUUGCCCCUUAUUGUUUUAUACAUGACUCCCCAUUCAUUUUAUUAUGCGUAACAUAAUGAGUUGAUUUUUUUGAAAUUUCAAAUAUGAAAAAUUGACUGCAAGUGAGAUUCAUGACACAGAGGCUUGACCAGUGCAUUGCUUAAAAAGUGACUUAAAAUACCUGCGUACGUCUGUAUGUAUGUAUGUUAUGACAUCAUUUAGUGAUUAUUAGAUAGACUGUAGUUAAUACAUGCAAUGGAAAUGGAUGGAAUAACAAUUAUGACUAUAAUAUAAUUUAUAAGUAUUUAAAUUAUUGCAUUUAACUUUAACUGCCCGUAUGUAAAAUUUGUAUGAUAUUCAUUCAUUCAAUAUCUCAAAUAAGUUGGUUAACGUACAUAAACCCUGUGACAUUAUUCCUAAUAAUUACUUACUAAAAAUGUGCAGCUAUACAUAUAUUUUAUAUAAUCCUUAACAUUCCAUGGACAUACCAAAUGAAACAUAUAUUAUGUAAUAUUAUAAUAAUUAAUUAUGCGUAGAUUCAGUGGAUAUUUGGUGAUUGUGAAAAUAAUUUGUGUCGUUACAUUGAUGAAUAGUGCGUGUGUGCGUAUUUAAUAAUUUGAUUGGUUUACCACUUUUUUUGUUAUAUUUAAAUUCGCUGUUGCUACAAGUAAAAUGCAAUAUAUUUUACUCCAUAUAAA